AUGGCGGCAAAGGCCCGCUUAAUGCAGAGGCUCUGGAGGCUCUUGCAGCGGUUGCCCUUGGAACGUCGCAGAAAAGUCUUGGAGCGCUUUACAGCAUCCCAAAAGCGCGCUUUGGAAUGUUGGAUCCUUGGCAAUGCAGUUGCCGUGCCACAGGCUUUUGGUCCCCGGCGAGUGACAUUGGCCUCGACCUUGAAGGAGCAAAGUCCUGCUGUUGGCACUGGCAGCUCACAGAACAUUGUCCGGUACAAGCGGGGCAAGGUUACAUAUUAUGCUGCUCAGAUGCACCUGGGCUCUGGUUUGCGAAUGCUGUCCAAGACCGAGCGAUGUCUUCAGGUCGCACAAAGCCACGAGUUGCUGCUGCGGCGGGUUCGUGAAACGUGCCGCAGUGCCGUGGUGCAUGACGAGUGCAUGGGCCAGGCCAUCCGGGAGAGUUUGGCAGAUCUGGCGGACGAGGCCAAAAGGAUUGGCCUACGCUUCGUGGUUCAGAUCAGGAUUCCAUGGAGCUGUUGUGCAUUGACCUCGCCACCUUUUCGCCUCCGCAAUCUGGAGUUGGGUCUUCGCAGCUGGCAGCGUCUCCAUGAAGCUCGCACUGCCAUUUCUUCGCUGGCGAAACGCACGCGGCGAGGCCGGGCGAACUUGGCCGAGCCCGGGGUGCAGAGGGCCUGGCAGCAGCUGAGGGAGGCGUAUUUGGCCUCCACCAAGCACAGCCCUCGUGCCAUCUCGCGCCUCCAGCUGUUGGAGGAAGAGUUCCGACUUCGUCGUAAACGAGAUCUGGAAGGGAAGAUCUUGGCCCAGAAGGCCCAAGAGAUGAGACUUGCUCGGGUCGAGGCUCAGUUGGAGGCCCUCCUGUCUCGCUGGAACGAGCAGAGGAAACUGAGUCUGAGGCAUUGCACUUCCUUGCGAAUCUCACAGAAAGUGAGGGCAGUUGUGCCUCCUGUUCUGUAG